AUGAUUGAUGCUUCAAGUGGUGGUGACAUCUUCAACAAAACCCCUCACGAUAUCCGAUUACUUUUUGGUACCAUUUCUCAAAAUCAAAGGAAUUUUGGGACUCGAAAUGACAUGAAGAGAAAUUCUACACAAGUGGUUGGUGAAGUUAGCAACACUCAACACUUGGAAUCAAAGCUCUUGGAUUUGACUAAUGUGUUAAGACAAAUGGUGGUGGGAAGUGGUCAACAAUUGAUGGUGUGUGGUAUUUGUGCAAUGACGGGCCAUUAUACGGAUAAGUGUCCCACACUUGGAAGUGAACCGGAAGAUGUGAAUGCAAUGGGCGGAUAUCAAAGUCAACCAAGACCCAUGGGAUUUCAAAACAAUUUCAACCCAAAUUGGAGGAAUAACCAAAACAAACCUUAUCCACCAAAGCAAAAUCCACCAAAUCUUUUGAUGGGACCCCAACAUCCACAAUACCAAUCCCAAAAACCUCCAUAUCCACAAAAUUCUUAUAACCCUCCAAAUUACCAACAACCUCCACAACAAGGCCAAUCAAGUGACUUGGCAACCGCUCUCAACAAGAUAGAACAAAAGGGUAAACUUCCAUCACAAACUGAGAAGAACCCAAAUGUGAGUGCCAUCACCUUGCGAAGUGGGAAAACACUUAGAGAAAGUCAACCUAAAAGAGUUUCAAGAGAAGACAAAGAUGAAGUGAUCAUUGUGGAACCUCCAAAAGUUGUAGUUCCUCCAAAGGAACCGGUUGUGCCAAAUGUUGAUAAACCCGAUCCUUCCAAUAAACCCAUCAAACCAUUGGUCAUACCACCACCGUUUCCAUCCCGGUUGGCUUACUCAAAGAAACAAGAAGAAGAGAAAGCGUUUCUUGAGACUUUCCGCAAGGUUCAACUCAACAUUUCACUAUUGGAUGCCAUUAAGCAAAUCCCACGUUACGCCAAAUUUCUUAAGGAUUUUUGCACCAACAAGAGAAAAUUCAAGACAAAUGAGAAGAUUCAAGUAAAUGUAAAUGUAUCCGCGGUCAUCCAAAAGAAGCUUCCACCCAAAUGCAAGGACCCGGGAAUGUUUGCUAUACCUUGUACCAUUGGUGAUUUACAUGUUAAAAGUGCCAUGCUAGAUCUUGGAGCCUCAAUCAAUGUCAUGCCAUACUCGGUUUUUCAAUCUCUCAAUGUUGGACCUUUGGAAGAAACCGGAGUCAUUAUUCAAUUAGCGGACAAGUCAAGUGUAUUUCCAAGAGGCAUGUUGGAGGAUGUACUCGUUCAAGUCAAUCAACUAGUAUUUCCUGCGGAUUUCUAUGUCAUUGACCUUGAAGAAAAGACUCCUUCCAAGUCAUCUAUGAUUCUCCUUGGAAGACCCUUCAUGAAUACCGCUCACACGAUUAUUGAUGUCCAUAAUGGGAAGAUCACCAUGGAUUUUGAUGGAGAGACCAUUCACUUCAACAUCUUCGAAGCAAUGAGAUAUCCUAGCAAUAUAUCUCCAUUGUAUUGA